AUGGGCAAUACAACAGCACUAACAUUCACAAUGACUGCAUAUGCUGUCAUGGAAAACUACAAGCGCUGGAUGUUUAUCCUAUUCCUCCUGCUUUAUCUCAUUAUUAUUUUUCUGAAUGUACUGCUCAUUGCUGUCAUACACCAAAACAAAGAGCUGCAUCAACCAAUGAAUUUGUUCACGUGUGCAUUAUCCAUCAAUGAAAUUUAUGGGAGUACUGCAUUGCUGCCCACAGUUAUGGCUAUGCUCUUGACUGAGACACAUGAAAUAGAUAUUAAGUGGUGUAUGGCUCAAGUCUAUUUCCUACACACAUAUGGAUGUGCUGAAUUUACCAUUUUAGCCGUUAUGGGAUACGACAGAUAUGUUGCCAUCUGUAGCCCAUUACAUUACCACAUCAUCAUGUCUAAUUCAAAGGUCUGCAAACUUGUUGCAAUAGCUGUUAUUUAUCCUAUUGUUGUGUUUGGAAGUUUUUACUCACUAACCUUACAGCUGAACUUCUGUGGAACAGUCAUACCAAAAUUAUACUGUGUGAACAUGGAACUAGUCAAAAAUUCAUGUUUCGCUGCAUCAUACAUAAGUAUUGUGGGACUUGUUCUGCUUCUGUUUCUUGUUGUGCCUCAGGUACUGAUGAUUGUUUUUUCUUAUGCACAAAUUUCAAGAGUAUGCAGGAAAUUAUCGAGAGAAUCUCAACGCAAUGCUCUUAAAACUUGUAUCCCACAUUUAUUAUCGUUGGUAAACUACACCAUCGGCUCCUUAUUUGAAAUUAUCCAAACCAGAUUUAACAUGAAUCAUGUAGCUGCUGAGGUACGGAUCUUCCUGUCUUUAUACUUUAUUAUCCUUACACCAAUUGCCAACCCGGUGCUGUAUGGACUCGGUACACAAAUAAUUAGAGUUCAUAUACUGAAGCUGUUUAUUAGAUAUAAGAUCCUGCCGACACUGUUAACAAAGGCAGUGACAGCAGCUUAG